AUGGCCUCGCCCGGACUCGCCACUCGCUGCGGCAUGAUCGUGGCCAGCCUCCUCCAGUCCGUGGCCCCCCGCUGGACCGUCGGCUCGGAGUUGGCCUACCAGUGCGGCUACAAUGUGCCGGGCGGCCAGAACGCCAUCGUCUCGCUGGUGGGACGCUACGACAACGGCCAGUCGAUGUCUUGCGCCAAAAUCGGGCCGCCGGGCAUCCAUCUGGGGCACUAUCGGAAGUGCAGCGAACAGCUGCAGAUCGGACUCGAGGUGGAGACCUGUCUGCGCACGAUGGCCUCGGUGGCAACGAUCUCCUAUCAGUCGAAGAUACAAAAGGGGGACGUUCAGUUCCGCGCCAGCCUCGACACCAGCUGGCGCGUCUGCGGGGAGCUCGAGAAGCGGCUGCAGCACUCCCCCUUCACGUUUCUGCUCUCUGGUUGCAUGCAGCACAAAACGGGCCAGUUUAAAAUCGGAGCCGGGGUGGUCAUUGGCUGA